AUGAGACAAAUACCUUAUCUCGGUGCAGGAGCCUCGUCGGCAAAGGUUGGAUCCGCCGUCUACAUCUCGCCACCAGCUGCCACCUCCACAUCCGCGGCGCUCGCCUGCGUCGGCACAUUCCAAGCCUUAGUCCUCGUCAUCCUCGUCUGCACAUUGAUCUGCGCCGUAGCGUUCAACGCCGUCAUCCGCUACAUGUGCGCACGGCGGCGGCAGCCGCGGACGCCGGCUAAUCGGAAGGCGGAUCUAGGCUGCGCCACCGCGGAGCAGGAACCGGAGAUUCCGUUUUUUAUUUGCUCCGAGGGGAUGGAGCUGGCCGAGUGCCCUAUCUGCUUGUCGGAGUUUGCGAUCGGCGAGAGAAUUAGGGUUCUCGAAAAGUGUAGCCAUGGGUUUCAUUUGCAGUGUAUCCCCGCCAUUAACAUCAAUACUAUUUGUAUCGGGAAACAACGACCAGAUUUUCUUCACUUCAUUUUUUAG